AUGGGGCGCUUCCCGCCAGUGAAGCAGUACCCAGAGCCGCACGUGUGGGAGAGGUGGCUGCAAGAGCGCCCGGAGCUCGGGCGAGGUGGCUGGGAGAGGAGGGAGUUUGCGAAGCGCCACCGAGCCUCCGUCGUGAACCCAGAUGGCCGAGGGUGGCAGCAGUGGGUGACGCGCUACGAGCUGCACGCCCGAACGGAGGGCGGCAAGGCUUGGACGGUGAUCGGCACUUUCGAGGGGAACUCGGACAUGACCAGCGAGGUCGCCCACGACCUGCGCGAGGCGUGCCGGUCCCCAGACGGGCUCCGGUGCAGAUUCCUCCGCUUCCUGCCCCAGGGUCUGGGACCCCUGCGGAUCACGGGGGUCCCGCCAUGCGCGUCGGCGUUUACGGCGUACCCCUCGGGAAGGGCGCGGUGGCCGCGAGCGCGAGGGAGGCGGAGUCGGCAGAGAGGGUCCGCUACCUCGUCCCCGUCCCCCUGA